GAAGAAUUUUGUGCUUGUCGCUGCAGCUCUUGAACUGGGAACCUCAAAAUGGAUAUGGAGCAAACAAUUACUGUGUUGCAGUCACAAAAUGAACAACUUGGACAAGAGAAUGAACAGUUGAGGUUUCUGUUUACUGUGGUUAGGGAAAACUCGGAACUGAAAUCCAGGUUGCAGCUCCUCAACAAUAAUACUCUGGAGGCGCCUACAGUUUGCUUCCCGUCAGGAAGAAAACAUUCCACAACCACCCUCGAUGAGAAGCACUUCUCAAAUCACUUGGAACAGACCAGACUCCAAAAUGAAUGUCGAACCUCGUCCCCGACCCACUCCAGGUCUUUCAAACAAAACUCUGCUCACACAGACCUACAUGAGUCUACAUCUCAAAGCUGCCAGGCUGAUGUGGAGCUUGAGGACAAAGACACAAUCCUGGGAGAGAUUGCUUACCAACUGGACAGGAGGAUUCUGUCCUAUAUCUUCCAGGGAAGCAAGAGGCAUUAUGGUUUCACAUUGCAGAAUAUACCAAACAAGAUCGUAGAGGUUAGCACAAAUCCACUGACAGGGAAGGUAGAUAAAGGCUAUCAGCUUUACCUCACUCAGAGGUAUGCUGACCUCAUGGAGCAGUUGAAUCAGCUCGGGUACAAAAAGACACUUCACCCUCAAUUCUCUGAAUUUAUCGUUAACUCUUAUGGGCUCCUGAAUGGGAAGUCUGGAGAACACAGUGCUCAUCCAGUGAACUACAACAACCCAGAGACUCUGAAGAAGCUCGUAAUGACCACUGCUCCAGUAAGACUUCAGGAGAACCUGCUGCUGCUGCUCAAAUGCCUCUGCAACUUGGCUGAGAAGGACAGAAAGCCUCUUUUUCUCCUUUAGACAUGAGUGUGUUCAAGUUUACAAGCUUGUACCAUUAUCAUUAACACUUCCCUGUCAACUGGCUGUUUCUCUAACUCUGAAGCAGGCAAGAGUUAACCCUCAACCUGAAGAAACCCAUCCUCAACUCGCCUGAAGUAAUCAACUACAGACCUGUUUCUCUUCUUUCCAAAGCUCUUUAGCGAGCUCUCUAAAAUCAACUCUCUUCCUAUAUCCACCAUAACAACCUUCUUGAUCUUCACCAAUCUGGAUCCAUGGCAGGCCACUCAACUGAGACUGCCCUCCUUGCUGUCUCUGAGCAACUUCACACCAUUCAUUGAUUAUCAAUGGCUGCCUGCAUACAUUUCAAAACACUAGUCUACACAUCUUAUGCCGCAGACUAAAAUC